AUGGAAGACAAGAAGUUGAACCGGCGGGCCCAUACCCGAAGACAAUCACAAGCAAAUGAGGCGCCUUUCGAGUCCAGUGCCACUGGGCAGGCUGCAGAGUCACCAAAGCCAAGGAAAAGGGGCCGAAAACCCAAGAAGCAGCUAAAAGAGCAGAAGGUAGCGGGUCAUCAUGAGGAGCUUGAUGAUGAUGAUCUUCCCAAGGAUCCUCGCAGGCGCCGAGUGCUCGAACGUAAUCGCAUUGCGGCGAACAAGUGUCGUCUCCGCAAGCGUGAUGAAGCCUUAGCACUCGCCUCUCGAGAAAAAGCCAUAGAGGACCAGAACCGCUAUCUUAUGACGUGUUUCGAAUCUUUAACCGCCGAAAUUUACUACCUAAAGACCCAAUUACUGCGGCAUACAGACUGCACUUGCGUUCUCAUCCAGAAAUACAUCGCGAAUGAGGCGAAGAAGUGCGUGGAUGGGAUGCUCGCUUGUUCUUCUGCCUUUGAUACCCAGGGCAGUUCGCGGAGCCGGUGUGAUGGAAGUCCGAGCGAUGCUAGCACCGCCGAAAUGUUGAUUAAGCAGAGUCCAAAUGGAGGUAGUUUCCCGUCAACCCCAAGAAUCUCUUCUCAGCAGGGAUCUAGCACCUCGAAGGUUACAGACGUCAUGUUUGAUAUGAUGGGUUUAGGAUCAUUUCAAACGGCUACUAUGCCGCCUGAUUCAAUGGCCUUUACCCAGCCAGUUCCACCGUUAUCCUUCACUGAAUAUGGACCAGGGUUAUCCGUCUACGAGGGGCCGCGAGAACACCAAGCGGAUGAGGUUGCUUGGAACACAUAUUUAUUUUAA